AGUAAGUAACUCACCAUUUCCCCCUCGUUCCCAAUUUUAUAUUCUUGCUCGAUCUUGGGGGGUUCUGCUAGGGCUUUAAAACGCCAUCUUCAUCUUCCAAUCGAUCACAUUCUCUCAUCUUUCUCACUCUCAAUUACACUCCACUUCUUCGAUUUGAGCUCUGCAAUCGAAUCAAAAACCCUAGAAUUCUCUGCUAAAUUGUCAACAUCUUUCUAUUCACUUGGAUUUAUUUGUCCAAGAUGUUCCAGAAAGGGGGAAAUUUCUUGAAAUGAAAUCGAAUUUUUGAUUGUAAAUGCUGAUAUGAAUGAGUUGCUGUUGAAAUGAGCGAUGGAGGCAAAGAAAUUGGAAAAGAUUCUGAGCAGCAUAGCACAAGAAAACCAGCAGAAAACGAGGAUUUUGUGCGCGCGAUUGCGAAGAUUGCGGUAGCUCAACUAUGCGAGAAUGAAGGGUUUCAGAGUUUCCAGCAUUCGGCUCUUGAAGCUUUCGCUGAUGUUGCGGUACGGUACAUGAAGGAGCUUGGUAAGACUUCAAAUCUUUAUGCUAAUCAAGCUGGUAGGUCGGAGUGUAAUGUGUUUGAUGUGAUUCGAGGGUUGGAGGAUAUGGGUUCAAUUCAGGGGUUCCCCUGUGCUUCGGAUAUUCACCGUUCGCUUGCGAAAUCGGGUACGGUCCGGGAGAUUAGUCAGUAUGUAGGUUUAGUUGAGGGAAUUCCAUUUGUGUUUUCGCUUCCUAGGUUUCCGGUUUCAAGGGAGAGGAACCUUUCUUCUAGUUUUUUGCAGACAGGGAAGGAUCCUCCUGAGCAUAUUCCGUCUUGGUUGCCUGCUUUUCCGGUUCUGGAACCUCCGGAAGAGAGAGAGACUGAUGUACAUACGGCUAGCAAAGAAAUUGAGCAGGAUGUGGAGUUGCGUAGAAAGGAAGAAGUUGAGCAAGAGGUCGAAUUGCGAAGAAAAGAAGAAGUUGAUUUGAUGAAUUUACAGCAUCAGCAACAGCAGCAGUUGGCUGCUAAUAAUGGGUCUGAGGCUGUUGAAACUAACCCAUUUCUCGCUCCUCCUUAUGCAUAUGGGGAGAAAGCUGUAUCUUCUGUUGAAUUUCUUUCUAGUCAUUGGGAAGGAAAUCAUGUACAUGUGAUGGAUACAUUUGCUCCACCUACUAAAACUGCACGAAACGAGGUUUUAGAGAUUGACGAGACAAAUAAACAUGUCAGGCUGGACGAGAGGCCAACUGUGCGACUUAAGUUCAGUAGUGCAAGGAAGUCUUUGCGUACGUGUAAGAAUGUGGUUGCUCAAACAAAUGGAGUUGAGAAGCUUGCCAUUUUUUUUGAGGGGGGUGAUAAGAAUGAUGAAAAGAAAAGAAGGGCCGAGCAAAUUUUGAAGGAUUCAAUGGAGACACCGUUGGAUACGACUGAGUUGUAAAUUAGGUUUGUUCUUCAGGCAUUGUAUACUUUUCCUAGAAAACUAGCAGCUAGAGCUGGUCUCAAAGAGAUAUCCUUGUUUGCUGAUGAUAGUUGGACUCUUAGGCAUGGCUUUUCCACAAGUUGUGGAGGGUGAUUAGGAGUCAGGUUACACUGGUCCAUAUGCUACUGUACAUUGCUGAAACUGUUAAGCUUUCUGGAUUCUUGCUGCAGCGUUGAGGGGGAGCUGCAGGCCACCAGUUGCGAGUUCCGUCGGCUUUUUCAAGAGUGGGCUUGGUGGCUGAGAGAGUUUCUGAGAUAGUAUUUCAUUGACUGCAUCGAACAAGAGUCUUCUCCUAUGCCUUUCCGUGGUUCUUGUCAUUUUCUCAGCUUUACUGUUGGAUGUAUUAUCUGAAACAAAACUGCUUCUCAUGGUUUGCUCCAGCUCAAAGAAUAAGUUAGGGUUGAUUGCUUCUUGUGACUGGAGGGCAAGAUGAUCGGCCAUUGUGUAGUCAAGAUGAUCAAGGAAUCCCGAGGCUAAGAGUACUUCAGACACGUACGAUUUUUCCACAUUCACGUUAAGAGGUGUGGUUUUACUUAAAUUUCCAUGCUGAUAAGAGUUCAACUUACAUAAGGAUGGAGCUGACUCUUUGAAGUUUUCUAGUUUCCGAUAAUCACUCUCAUAGUUAAAAUUUAGUCUGAACCUGUCUGGAGAAUGAUUAAGAUCGGUGUCGAUCCACUCUGCUUCAUUGUAUGUUGUAUUGGUCUCAAAAUCUGCAGAGAAGUUCAGAUAAUAACAUCGGAUCAACACUUCUUCCAAAUAGUUUUGCUUUAAUAUAACCAUGCUCCAUUUAGCUAAGUCAUACGUAGUAAAAGGUAAUGUAUCUCUCCCAUGCUAAGAAGGGAAGGAUGCGUACUACUCUUCUCAUUUUCUAUGCUCCCUUUCUCCAUCCCCCAUUUAUAGACUUAUUCACACAACCUUAUGCUUUUCACUUUGGAAGCUUAAGUCUUGUACAGAGAAAAUAUUGCUUUGCAUGACUAUUUCUUGA